GGGGGCACGUCACUUCCUGUUUCUUUAGGGGAACGUGGCUUUCCCCGCAGCGCCCGUCCCUCSGUCUGCGUUCCUGCUGCAGCGGCCGGAGCUGGAGUGAGAGCCCGAGCGCAGCCUCGCCAUGGACUCGGCCCUCAGCGACCCGCACAACGGCAGCGCCGAGUCAGGCGGCCCGGCCAACGGCACGACGCGGCCGCCCUCCACGCCCGAGGGCAUCGCGCUGGCCUACGGCAGCCUCCUGCUCAUGGCGCUGCUGCCCAUCUUCUUCGGCGCCCUGCGCUCGGUGCGCUGUGCCCGCGGCAAGAAUGCCUCGGACAUGCCUGAAACCAUCACCAGCCGGGAUGCCGCCCGCUUCCCCAUCAUCGCCAGCUGCACACUCUUGGGGCUCUACCUCUUUUUCAAAAUAUUCUCCCAGGAGUACAUCAACCUCUUGCUGUCCAUGUAUUUCUUCGUGCUGGGAAUCCUGGCGUUGUCCCACACCAUCAGCCCCUUCAUGAAUAAGUUUUUUCCAGCCAGCUUCCCAAAUCGACAGUUUCAGCUGCUCUUCACACAGGGCUCUGGGGAAAACAAGGAAGAGAUCGUCAACUAUGAGUUUGACACUAAGGACCUGGUGUGCCUGGGCCUGAGCAGCAUCGUUGGCGUCUGGUACCUGCUGCGGAAGCACUGGAUUGCCAACAAUCUUUUUGGCCUGGCCUUCUCCCUUAAUGGGGUGGAACUUCUGCACCUGAACAAUGUCAGCACCGGUUGCAUCCUGCUGGGUGGACUCUUCAUCUACGACGUCUUCUGGGUGUUCGGUACCAACGUUAUGGUGACUGUGGCCAAGUCAUUUGAGGCGCCAAUAAAAUUGGUGUUUCCCCAGGACCUGCUGGAGAAGGGCCUUGAAGCAGACAACUUUGCUAUGCUGGGACUCGGAGAUAUCGUCAUUCCAGGGAUCUUCAUCGCCUUGCUGCUGCGUUUUGACAUCAGCUUGAAGAAGAACACCCAUACCUACUUCUACACCAGCUUCGCAGCCUACAUCUUCGGCCUGGGCCUCACCAUCUUCAUCAUGCACAUCUUCAAGCAUGCCCAGCCUGCUCUCCUGUACCUGGUACCUGCCUGCAUUGGCUUUCCCGUUCUGGUGGCRCUGGCCAAAGGAGAAGUGACAGAAAUGUUCAGCUACGAGUCCUCUGCGGAAAUCCUGCCUCAUACCCCGAGGCUCACCCACUUCCCCACGGUCUCGGGCUCCCCUGCCAGCCUGGCCGACUCCAUGCAGCAGAAGCUAGCUGGCUCUCGUCGCCGGCGCCAGCAGAAUCCCAGCGCCUUUUAUGAGGAGUCAAAUCCUAAGGAUCCAGCAGCAGUGACCGAAUCCAAAGAGGCCACAGAGGCAUCAGCAUCGAAGGGACUAGAGAAGAAGGAGAAAUGAUGCAACUGGUACCCGACYCCCUCAAGGCCAGACCAGCCAGGGAGAUGGGCUGACAGGCGUGCAUGGGAGAGGGUUCAGGACACUGCUCCAGGACUGGGACGGGGGCAGCAGGAUCCCUCCAGCUAGGUCUCUGUGGCCUCUGUUUUCCUCUCCCCCCUUCUGUGGCCCUCCUCUGCUCUCCUCAUCCCCUGCAGGCAAAGGAAACCAACCCCCAGCUUCCUCCCUCCCCCGGAACCAGGU